AUGUCGGAGGAACUCAUGGAGGAGGCACCACCACGGGCAACCGGCACCCCAUCGGAGGUUAGCGAUGGAGGAUCACAAAGUGCCGACGACGCCGCGACUAACGACGAUCUGCAGUCUCCAGCACGUGGCGGAUCCGAGCCGAGUUCAACUCGAGCAGCAGAUUCCCGGGCUCACCUUUCGCUGCGAGAAAACGGGCCACUCAUGUCCGAGAGCGGCGUGACGUCGUCGUCGUUGGAGCUGCUGGGACCACUGGGUGUCGAGAGGGACGGACUGGGUAUCAAGGGAUACCUCUGUAUGCGCGACGAAGGGGUGACGUAUCACCGCAUGAAACGGUUUUAUUGUCGCUGCGUUGGUGUCAACUUCUCGCGGUUUGCGUCGCGUGAUGUGGCGUCUACAAUGAUUGCAGCAGUCUUUAGCGCCGAAAUGCAGAAGGUAGAGGAAUGGGACGGCAAAGGCUUGUGGCACACGUACCAUCACUCGUUCAAGCUGUCAUUUACGUCGGGUAUUGUGUUUAAUAUGGAUGCCGACUCGGAGGAGGACAAGCGGCAGUGGCUCGAGUACAUCCAGAAAGCAUUGCAAGGAACAGAGGCUGCAGUUGAGAAGUGGUCGGCGCAUGCCUCAGUGUGCCCCACUAUUCUGGAACUAACUCCAGGAGGUCUCACGUUUGCUGAGAAGAAAUGCAACGCCCCAAAGUUUAAGAAUGAGGUGACGUGCUGCCAUCCGGGCUGUCAUGUACGGUUUGAUAGCACUGGAAAAAGACAGCAUCAUUGUCGAAAUUGCGGCGGGUCCGUAUGCUCCGACCAUAGCUCUCGGUUCGCCAUUCUUCGACACCUCAGCAUGAGUCACACUGUGCGAGUUUGCAUGAGCUGUUAUCGUGUACAACGCUUUGUGCUAUGGCUUGGGAUGCUGCUACAACGUCUGUAUAUCGCUCAAACGGAGGAAGAAGGCGUGGAAAAACCUCUUCUAUCUGAUGCCGACGAGGAAGAAGUAGAGGCAUUGAUCACGAUACUUGGAGACGAUGCCUUUGGUAUAUCCGAUGUGAUUCAAGUCCUUCAUUUGCAUCGUCACGGGUGCGAUGAAGCGUAUGCUUACGCCGUGAAUAAGCUGCUGGUGCUUUCAGCGUCCAAUCUUGCGGACUUUGAGUUCUUUCUCCCGCAAAUCUUUCAUAUGUGGCUAACGGUGGACUGGACGAAUAACAAUAUCAAGGCAGCGCUCCUUUUUCGAGUUUUGUGCUACGCAACUCAACUGCACAUUCGUCUAGCAACAGCUGUCUACUGGCUGACCCGUGCAGCCAUCGACGAUAGCUGCGGUUGGGGUUUUGGUCAGUCGGAGCUGUAUGUGCCUGAUUUCCUGUACCACAAAAUGAGCACAUGCAAGCUCUUGAUGAUGAACGUGGAGAUGCAGAUCUCCCGUGGUGACUGGACGUUCGAAGUGGACGAGGAUUUGCCCGCAUCAACAGCUCAAACUGCCAUCAUCAAGUGCCUUUUUGAUCGCAUGUUAAUCCUUGUUCACUUGGAUGCAAAGGUCACACUUCCUUUAGGUCCAAUUUGUGGUGCCGUGAGUAGCUGUUCAAUUCCUCGUAGUUUCUUGCUCCCUAGCGAUGCACUUCCAGAAGACUAUUGUCAAGACAACGGGGAAGAGCGUCGGAUGUUCACGACCCAGAUCCAGUUCAUCAAGGAGCUAUGUGCGAUGACAGAAAGGCUGAGGUUUUAUCCUCCAAAUGAGCGAAAAUCACAUUUGAAGGUAGAGUUAGAAAAUCUUCGGCUUCUGGAAGAAGCUUUUUGGCCAUUUGGCUCCUGUGACAACCCGCUGCAGCGACUACUUACGAUCGCAAAAGAUGAAGGGACGAUUUUUACGACAAGGGCUCGCGCACCGACACUAAUCUUCUUUGAGGUUGCAAGGCUGACAACAGAUUUCGAGAAGAGUGCGUGGCUAUAUCGUGGCCGACCUCUCAUCUUUGGCGGCCAAAACGGUAAGAUUUGUGAUUCGGAGAGUAGCACCGAUGUUGGAGGGCUCCAAGUUCUGUCUCUUGUUCCUGAAGCCAGAGUUGUUAAGAAUGCUAUUGAGAUGGCUACGAGCAGCGAUAUUGCACAAGUAAUUGCAAUGGACACAUUUUCUGGUGACGAAGGUGAGCAAGACAAGGAUGAUUUUAUCGACGAGCACAAGCGUUCGGGUUAUGAUGAGUCGGCAAAUAGCGCUGAUGGGGAUGAUGAAACGCGAGAGCUAAGGGACCGUGUUUCGUCGGACCCGCUGCCAUCGCUGGUCUCUCUGGCUACUGACAAGAAGAAGCGCAGUCGCCGUGACCGGCCAGGUUCGCUGAUGAACUCAACCUCAAAGUCUUUGGAUUCAAUUAUUGCUUCCUGCGCGGAAACAAUCAAGAGUCGACGAAAGCGUUCAAUCAGCGAAGGUUCAGAGUUCAGUAGCACUGAAAGGCCACACUGGAAUAAGCAGGGCUCCACAUCAAAUGACAUCGAAAAUUUCACUGAUGAGCAAUUGAUCUCGAUGGCUCAGAACAUGGAGAUAGGUAUGCUAGAAAGCAAUCGAUCCGGGAACGGCACUUUUACUGGCAAGGAGGUCGUGGAGUGGAUGACAGAGAACGAAAUCGUGUCGAACACGGCACAUGCGCUCUGGCUAGGAAGCGAGCUACUCCGCAGUGGUGCCCUCGAGACGGAAUCGAAUUCUUCUGGAUCCGUAAGUGGUUUUGAAGCCAAUGAUGAGACAAUGUAUCAGUUAAGAAAGCAACUUGGCACACAAUUACCAGAGCAUACUCACCAGACACUGCGGUCUGGUACUCAUCCGAUCUCUUCAGGAGCUAAUGCAAAAGUGACCAGAGAAUGUAAUGAUUCUAUGUCCCGCACGUCUUCGCGUAUUAUGUUAAAGCCUCAAGAAGUGAAGGUGGAUAUUGCCGACUUGGCUGAUGCAGUCGGGGCUAACUUGAUCAGCACAAGUGCUGAAAGCGCCCCGAAUUCCGCCUUGAAAGCUUCAAAGCCACUCAAGAACUAUCUCACGGGCCCUUCUGACGAGAGGCCUUCCGUUGCUUCGAACGUUCAUGAUGGCUCAUUUAUUUUGAAAUUUGAGCCUGAUGUAGCAAUUGCAGCAAUGGAAUCAGUAGAGCAAGCGAUGCAGCAAUAUGUGUUAUUGCAAGGAGUUGGAGAUACUACCCAACUGAGUGAAGACCUUCAGGUGCUGAGAGAGCAACUAAGUAUCGUGUACGAGUAUGUUAUUGCCAAAAGGAAACGUCUUCACGUUGCUGUAGAGUCAGCGUUCGGGGAAAGUUUCGAAGAAAAAAAGGAGCGUCUGCGUGACACAUCAUCGCACGUCGCAGCAUUGCAAUCAACGGAUUGGGAUUGCGUUGCGUUGAUUGUUAAAUCCAACGAUGACCUGCGGCAAGAGGUUUUGUGUCAGCAGAUCAUCCGUCAGCUACAGGAUAUCUUCCAUAGUGCGGACUUGCCUCUGCGCUUGUUGCCGUACGAAAUCAUCGCAACUUCAGCGUCCACUGGUAUGAUUGAAUACGUCAAGAAUGCAGUAUCGCUUGACGCGUUGAAGAAGAGGGGUAACUACACGACCCUAGCCGACCACUUCUUAAAAACAUACGGCCAGACGGAUUCUGCGGCGUACAAGACCGCGAUGACUAAUUUCGUGCGGAGCAUGGCUGCUUAUUCGUUGGCAUGCUACUUCUUGCAGAUUAAAGACCGGCACAAUGGCAAUAUCAUGAUUGACAGUGAUGGCCACGUCAUUCACAUCGACUUCGGUUUCAUACUCGGCAUUGCUCCUGGAGGUCGGUUUAGCUUGGAGACAGCUCCUUUUAAGCUGACGGGCGAAAUGGUUGACGCUAUGGGCGGCACGCAAUCGGACUACUUCAAGGCCUACGUUAUCUUUCUCAUUCAAGGAUUUUUGGCUCUUCAGCAACACGCCGAUACCAUUCUGAUGAUGAUCGCGAUCAUGGCCCAGCAGUCGUCUUGUCCAUGUUUUCUAUCCCAAAACCCGCGAGACAUCUUGAGCGCCACAAAGCAACUCUUCCGCCUUGACUACAACCAAAGCCAAGUCAUCAAGCAUGUGAUCAGUCUUGUCCGCCGCAGCCAUAGUAGCUAUCGCACUCGCCAGUAUGACGUUUUCCAGCGAAUGACAAACGGCAUUCUACCCUGA